CUCAUAUUCCGUCUCUCACCUUCUGCCUCUCUGUAUCUCUCUCUGUGUGAAGCAAUGGCGGCCAAGGAUGAGCACAUGAUCCUCCGGCACGAGAACGCGAGGUAUCGCGACAUCGCCCGCCAUCUGGUGCUACGCCGCAAGCUGACGAGGAGCAAAUUCGCGGAGCACAAGGCCGGCGUUAGCCCUGAGCUAGACGAAGCCAGGAUCGAUUGGGUAACUGCGCUCACUCUCCUCAUUCAGAAGCUGCUCUCAGUAAUUAGCUUCCCACUUCUGUGUCUCGGCCACAUUGUCGAGUUUUUCCUCAACCUACACUCCCUCAACGGCGGCUUCUUCGGCAUCCUUCGCCGCUUCCUUACAGGUCUGGAUCUAAUAACGAUCACCUUUUUUUUGUUUCUCUUAUGCCCUUGAUCGCAUAUAUUUUUGUUUUUUCGAUAAAUUAGUCUUAAGCUUCUUUUGAGAUUUUUUUUUUGUUGUUUUAAUUUUCAGAUCGGUAAUCAUAAUUUUUAUUUGACGAUUUUUUUGCUUAAAAAAUUAAUUUCUCUAUGCUGUAGCGAGUCUGGACGGAAGAACUAUCCAUAUUAUGAGUUUAUAUUUCA